AUGCGAAUCGUUGGCCCAUAUGAUUCGACUAUAUUUGAAUGUAGUAGCACAAACGGCACUAAUAAGGAAGAUUUGAUGUGCCAGUUUAUGUUAUAUUCAUCCCUUGACGUCUUGGACGACAUUAUAUGGCAACGAGAUGAUAUCUACGUAUCAAAAGUUGACCAACCAUAUGGUGAAAAGUAUUAUGUCUCUGCUUUUGUUGGUCUUGCACCCAUUCGUUUAAUCAUGAUGCAGGACACAGAACCGAAGGACUCACUACGAGUCUUUUUUGCAGAAGCCUACGAAUUAACAAUGAAAUAUCUGCUCAACCCCUUUUUCGAUGCGACAAAAAAGAUAGAAAGCGCCAGUUUUCAUAAUAGUAUCAUGACAUUGCUUAACCGCUCUUCAUUUUAG